AUGCCGAUCUCCUAUGUGGAUGACAUCUCCGACGGCAGUGGGGCCUUUAUUUUCUUGAAGAUUCUCCGAAGAUGGAAAGGCAGCCUCUACAAACUGGUUUGGGUUGAUCUCCUACUCUACCUGUGCGUUUACUACGCGAUUAGUCUCACAUAUCGCCUUGUGCUUCCUGAGAGUCAGAAAAGAGUUUUUGAAGACGUUGUACGCUUCUGUGAGAAUAUGAAAGGCAACAUUCCUGUCUCCUUCUUGUUGGGGUUCUUUGUUUCCGGAGUGAUCGGUAGAUGGUAUAAGAUGUAUAUGUACAUUCCAUGGAUGAAUCAAAUCGCCUACACGACUAUGUCGUUUGUGAAUUGCGCUGACAAAACAAUAGCGCGUGAGAUAAGACUUUCACUAAUGCGCUACAUGAAUUUGGCUUGGAUCCUUUUAAUGCGGCGAAUUAGUGAUCAAAUUGCCGAUCGUUUCAAGCAAUUGGACGAGGACUCUGACAGUGACGAAGAGGGGAUCAUCAGGUGCUGCAAAGGCUGGACUCGCAGAUUUAAACGACGCAGUAAAUUGAAACAUGCUAAUCAACAUCCUUGGAGCAUCUCUCAGUUCCGUAGCAACCAACACAGUGCCGCUCGCACACCGCGUACUCCCUUUGACGGUGGAAUGGCGUUUUCUUACAGACAAACGAGCGUCUACCAUUCACAGAUGCUAACAGACGAGUCUCCAUCUUCCCCCAGCCCUCAACGGCAAAGCAUAUACAUGUUUAAUGCCUUUGAGGGGGAUGAUGAAUGGAGUAUUCGGGCUACACUGCGUGGAUUUAACAAGGACAGAAAGGUACGAGAAACUUUUGGCAAGAUAAUCACUGAGCCGGAAAUUCGAGCUUUUGAGGCGAUUGCCAAAUACUACUUCAAACAAACACGGCAACGCUAUCUUCCAGAGUACUGGGUACCACUUCAGUGGGCCGUUAGGUUGGUUCAAAAAGCUGGUCUCCAUGGCAACAUUCCUGAUCCUCGCAUGAUUGGCGUCCUGUUUAAGGAAAUUGGCGAAUUCCGAUCUCAACUACAAACUCUGGAGGUAUAUAGCAGUAUUAUGAUGCCUCUCGUCUACACUCAAGUAGUGAUAAUUGCGGUGUACAGCUACUUCGCUUGUGAGAUUUUGGCAUCCCAAUUUCUGGAAGUUUCCAAGGUCCCAGGAGAAGCUGCGGUGGAUUUCUUCGUCCCUGUUUUCAGCAUCUUCUACUUCCUCUUCCUCAUGGGCUGGCUAAAGGUUGCGUUGUGCGUGAUGAAUCCUUUCGGGGACGAUGACGAGGAUUUCGAGACGUCAGCUAUACUAAAUUACAAUUUGGACGUGAGUUACCGAAGCGUCUUGAUGGAUGAGACGACGUACCCUGAGGGCCUGAAGGCGGCCACCUUCGAGACGAGCACCAUGAACGGUGUGGAGGAUGACAAUCUGCCAGAGUUUAUCAAGAGUGUCACCGAUGAAUUGACUAAGGCUGACAAUGUGGUUGAAACUAACGAGUGGAAGGGCAGCCUCUACAAGUUGGUGUGGUUGGAUCUGCUGGGCUACCUCUUCGUCCACUACUUCGUUCAACUUGUCUACUGGAUGUUUCUAACCCACUCACAAAGAUUAGCUUUUAAUGAAGUUGUGGACUACUGCGAGGAGAUCCGUGGUCAAGUUCCCAUCUCGUUUUUGCUUGGCUUUUUCGUGUCUGGUGUCAUUGGACGUUGGUUCGACACAUACAUGUACAUCCCUUGGCUCAACAACAUCAGCUAUCAGAUCGCGGCAUCAAUUAACUGUGCCGAUCCCCGAGUGGCUCUGAGAGCCCGGCUGACAGUGAUGCGAUACCUCAACCUCUCCUGGAUCCUUUUGAUGCGAACCGUCAGUGAUAGAAUCUCGAAUCGUUUCCGAAUGCAGAGCAAUUCCACGAGUGGUCAGAGGAGGGAGCGACUUCGACAUGACCGCCAGGCACUAUUUCAGAGUUCUGAGUUGCCUGAUGAAAAGAAGUCGAAGAGACCGCACUCUAAGAAGCGCGGUUCCUCGCCACUCCUUGGGACCCCAUCCUCACAGCUGCAACCAAAACCGUCUCCCUCAACCUCGGGUAUCUUCAGCUUUAAUAAUGUAGAGAAUAGCCUUUUCGAUGCACCCGAUGACUAUGGACUGCGCGAGACUCUAAAGAGCAUCAACAACGACAAAAAGGUUCAGCAAACCUUCGGCAAGUUAAUAACUGACCCCGAGAUCCGCGCAUUCGAGGCGAUUGGGAGACGAUACUUUUGCAGCACACGACAACGCUACCUGCCAGAGUACUGGGUUCCCAUCCAGUGGGCUGUGCGUGUGGUGCAGAAGACCACUCUCCAUGGCAACAUCCCUGAUCCAAAGAUCAUGAUCCAUGUUUUGGGCGAAAUCGGAAAUUUUCGAAAGCAAUUAGGACAGCUUAAACGCUUCAGCAGUCUCACAAUGCCGCUUGUGUACACACAGGUGGCAGUUAUCGCGGUGUACAGCUACUUUAUCUGCCAAAUCGUGGCAACUCAGCACAUCGAGCGCGCAGCUAACGAAACCAACCCCAACACCAGCAUGCCAGUGCCUCUUUUCAGCGUCUUCUACUUCAUUUUCCUUGUCGGAUGGCUAAAGGUGGCCCUGUGUGUGAUGAGUCCCUUCGGGGAGGACUACGAGGACUUCGAGACAUCAGAAAUCUUAGAUUACAAUCUGGAUGUCAGCUAUCGUGUCGUUUUGAUGGACGACACAACCUAUCCGGAGGAAUUGAAACGAGCCACCUUCACUCCACAUACCAUGGAUGGACAUGAGGAGGACAAUCUACGCGCCUUCUUGGACAGUGUCUCGCGCGACCUGGAUGAUGUGGAGUUUGAUGAAAACGCGAAUGAGUAG